AUGGUCUGUAGGAAGGCGUGUCACUUACCGGUGGAGCUGGAGCAUAAGGCCUACUGGGCCCUCAAAUUCCUCAAUUUCGACGGCUUACUAUCUAGGGAGAAGCAAAGAUUGCAGCUACUGGAGCUGGAGGAAAUGAGGCUCAAUGCCUAUAAAUCCUCCAGGCAUUAUACGCAGAAGAUGAAGAUGUAUCAUGAUAAGAAGCUGCUAAAGAAGACCUUUCAGCCUGGACAACAAGUGCUACUAUAUAAUUCACGACUGGGGCAUUUCCCUGGAAAGCUCAAAUCUAAGUGGUCCGAGCCAUUCAUGGUCAAACAAGUGAAGCCCUCAGGAGUAGUGGGGCUAAUAAAUCCAGCCACAUAUGAUCCUGAGAAGACUUGGAUUGUCAAUGGUCAUAGGUUGAAGAUAUAUAAUGGUGGUGAUAUCGAGAGACUGAACACCGUCAUCCAUCUCCAGGACCUAUGA